ACAAAAGGCGCGGAGAAUUUUGCUUUCCGAAUCUCACCCACCGGCCUCCACCGCUUCUCUCUCUGGAAACUACUCUCUGUUUCUCUUCAGGCAUCAGGCGGCGACGGACAGUUCACAGUAGACCUGCGAUUGUCUCGCCGCCUUCUCGUUCGAUAAUUGUGGAUGCAAUGGAUCUUUCUCCAUUCAGGCUUGAUAUCGAUGAGCUGAUCAAUGAAUAUGCUGAGGGGGGGUUUACAUCUUUUGCGGAUAUGAAGAAAGUAUGGAUUGGAAGAAAAUUCACUUACAUAUUUGAGGCUGCUCCUUUGAACUUGGCGUUCUUUAUGCAAUCAAUGUAUGCCCAAACAAUCGGUCACAUGGUCAGUACUGCUUCUUUGUCACACAGACUGGGUGGCCUUUAUUGCCUUUACAGCCUUUACGAGACACAACCCUUUAAGCCCUCUUACAAAAUCUACCUGUCUAUUGGAGAGUUAAAGAAACUGAAGGAACUUAUUGUCGAGGCAAAAGAAAAGAACGUAAAAGUGGCGUCUGCUGUGGUGAAAAGAAUGUUAGAAAAGAACAUGUUCCUCUUUGGAUCUGUGGACAUGAAUGAGAACUCUGCUUUGGAAACAGUGAAUCAACUAACAGAAUUGCAAAAUGCCCGCAUUCGAGUUGCCUAUGAUAAGCUGUUUGCUGAUACCCCAAUAGAAGAUUAUAUCCAUAUGAACUUGGGGAUGGAAGCUGGUUUGAAUAUAUUGAAAAAGAUGUCAUCAGAUUAUUCAGAGGCAAAGAAAGUUGCAUUAUAUGAAGCGAGUGAGAUAGUGGAUGUCCAGGAUAUAAAGCACAUAUCAGAGGAUGAGGGAUUGAUUGGAGAUACAGUUGAAAAGAUUGUGGAGGACUGGAACGUUCAACGAGGAGUCUUUUACGAACAAGUUGGACAUGACCAACAGCUUGCUCUAGUCGAGGCACACGAAGAGCAAGAACAUCACGCUGAUGAAAAUUUCGACAUGGAACUUGAAAGAAUGCUCACUGAUGUUCAACAAGGUACAGAGUCCUCUCUAAUUCUAACUCUGAAAGAUGGGGGUUCUUGAAUUGCCGUAUCAUUCCCUUGCCUGAUCUUCUAUAAACAGCUUUAUGACGUUUAACUAGCUGAAAGAGAGAGAUCCUUAAACCUGAUUCAUAUCCAAAAUCCACCCCCAUGUAGUGUAAAUAGCAACGUUCUACACCCUUUAUGUUCAAUGUGAUCAAUAGCUUUCCUUAGAAAAUGUUGUCACUUGCUCGGGCUAGCUUUCCUUAUUGAUGGCUCCUUUAGCAUAUAACAUCUUCCCAACAAUGAGCUUCCCGACAAUGAGGGUUGAAAAGUUCAGGUUCAUUUUACCUAUGGAAACUUGUCUCGAACAUGGUAGGAAAUCUUUGUUUAAGUGGAAAAUGUGGAGAACGUGAUGAAAGGUUUCUCUCAACAA